AUGCUUCUACCAAUCCGGUCACCUAGUACUAUGAAGUGUCAAGUCCUCGGCUCUACUGGAGGCUGCUUGGACAAGUGCUUUUUCGAUUUCAGCAAACAAGCCGAGUGUGAUUCGCAAGGCAUACUCGCAGGAGACCUCCGAGGUGAUGAGGCUAUCCGUUCGACGAGACUCAAUUGGAUAAUGGUGUUGUCACCUGGACAAUCGUAUUAUGUCGGCGGUUACGCAAAAACUGAAAUUCGAACUGAUCGUUGGGGGUCCAGCCACACUACUUCUGAGUGCUUUUGUUUCUUUCCUAAGCCACAAGUCCAUUCCCACGCCGCCCGUGUAGAACUAAGUCCAUCCGAUGCGGCUCCUAUCGGCAAUAAUUCACUUGGCCGAUGA